UCUAGGGUUAGGGUUAACAACUGAGGUCCUCUUGUAAUUGUCUCGAUCUUUCACUCCCUAACUAUUUCCAACCGUAGAAAUUAAAGUAAAAGAAACAAAAACUUAUUUAUAUAUUCUCCUCUUCUUCUUUAAUAUAUAUACAUUAUUACAACUUUGGAUUCCAUUAAAAAUUCAAGAAGAAGGAGCUGAGAAAGCAUGAGGAAGCGUCAAGUGGUACUAAGGAGAGCCUCACCGGAAGAACCAUCUAGAAGCUCGUCGACGGCUUCUUCUCUAACGGUGAGAACUGUGAGAUACGGUGAGUGUCAGAAGAACCAUGCUGCUGCCGUGGGAGGCUAUGCUGUUGAUGGCUGCCGAGAGUUUAUGGCAAGCCGGGGAGAGGAAGGUACCGUGGCAGCGCUAACUUGCGCGGCCUGUGGCUGCCACCGGAGUUUUCACCGAAGAGAAAUCGAAACCGAGGUUGUUUGUGACUGUAAUUCACCUCCUUCUACUGGAAAUUAGACAAGAAAAAAAAAAUCUAGAGUUAGCUAUGAGUUUGGUUGUGUCUUUUUGUGUGUUAUAUACAGAUGAAACUGAAAAUAUUAUAUUUGCUUUUUUCUUUUUCCUUCUUUAAUAUUAAAACUUGUGUUUUUAUUUUGUGAAUUUAAGAAGAAAAAUAUAAGAGACUUGUAGAUUGGAGGAGGUUGAAGCAAGAUUUAUAAAUAAAUUGGAUGCUUUUGGGGUUUGAGAAUGUU